AUGGCGUUCGGCGGCGGAGGAGGAUUCGGGAGCGCGCAGAACGUCCCGCAAUCCCCGUUCGGGCAAGCGCCGGCGUCGCCGUUCGGAGGAGGAGGAGGAGGAGGCGUCGCAUCGAGUGGUUCGGGAGGAUUCGGUGCCCCUUCCAAUCAACAAGGAAGUGUUGGAGGUUUGUUUAGUCAACCGUCGAGUGGGGUGGUCGGAGGGUUUGGACAGCAACAACAACAACAAACCGGAAGUGGCCAGUUGGGUGGAUUCGGGCAGCCGCAACAACAAACCGGGGGCGUCUCGCCGGGAACGAUCGCAAACGCGUGUCGCUUCUGGAACAAAGGCCAGUGUAAAUUUGGACAAAGAUGUAAUAACAAGCACGUGUGCUCGACGUGCGGCAGCUCGGCGCACAGGGCGGUGAAUUGCUCGAUGUCACCAGGCGUCGCCGGAUAUCGAGCGACGAGGGUGGUAGAUAAGGAGUUGGUUGGGCCGUCGAUGACGUACGCGAUGUUGCAGUCCAUGUCGGCGAUGCCGGAUCACGAUAAACGGAGCGUGGAGGAGUUGCGAUACGACGCGUGGUCGAAAGCGGGAGAGCCGGGACAGGCGAGUGGGCAGCAAGGUGGAUUUGGAUCGGCACAAAGGGGUGGAGCCUUUGGUGCGAGCGGAGGAGGCGCAUUCGGUGGAUCUAGCUUCGGAGGAGGCGCGGCUACUUCUCCGUCCGGAGGGUUUGGCCAGCCGUCCUCGACGCCGGCGUUUGGGCAAACCCAAGCCGCGUCACCGUUCUCCGGCGGUGGUUCGUCUGCUUUCGGCGCGACAACCACAGCUGGUGGCUUUGGAUCGAGUCCGGGAACGUCUGCUUUCGGCGCUAGUGGCAGCGGAGGUGCGUUCGGUCAACAAACAUCUCCCCAAGGCGCAUUUGGGAGCACUGCGGGGGCCGGAGCCGCGGGGGGGUUUGGAGGAGGCGGGAGUGCAUUUGGUGGUGGAGGCCAACAAAGCGGCGGAUUAUUUGGAGCUAGUGGUGCCGCUGCACCGCAAGCUUCGCCAUUUGGAACUUCAACGCAAUCGGGCUCGUUGUUUGGGAAUCAAUCGCAACAAAAUCAACCCUCGGCCUUUGGUCAACCUUCGCAAAGUUCUGGCUUCGGCGCGACUCAACAACAACAAUCUGGAUCAUUCUUCGGCUCCAAGCCGGCUGCUGCACCUACUGGUAGUCUUUUUGGAGCUACACCUCAACAAGCGAGUGGUGGGGGCGGCUUGUUCGGGUCCACGGGAGCGUCGUUGGGAGGUACUGGCGGUUUUGGCAGCGCUGCGCCAUCGCAGCAGCCUCAGACGCCGGGUUUUGGUGGAUUCGGCGGGUCGCAAGGGCAACAACAGCAGCAGCAAAAUGCUUUCGGUCAGACGCAAUCUACCGGGGGGAGCAGUUUAUUUGGAACGCAGCAAACUCAGGGCAGCGGCUCGAUCUUUAAUCAAGGAGGCCAACAAUCUGGGUUCGGCUCUCAGACACAAGCGACGCCAGGUUUCGGUGCUCCCCAGCAGCAACAAGGAGCAGCCGGCUCGCUUUUCGGUGCUAAACCUGCUCAAGCACCAGGAAGUUCUUUUGGUGCGGGCGCAUCAACGCCGUCGACUUCUCUCUUUGGAGGAGGAGCGCAGACGUCGCCAGCUGGCGGUCAAAGCGGCUUUGGCGCUGCGCCAGGAAGUGGUGGACUUUUUGGCGCCGCGAAGCCUGCGGCGUCGCCAUUUGGUGGCGGUGCACAACAACCGAGCACCGGCGGAUUAUUUGGUUCAACUGGGGCUGGUGCGAGCGGCGGAUUAUCCUUAGGUCAAACGCCUACGCAAGGGGCAGGUGGGGGCCUCUUUGGGGGUGGAGGUACUCAAGCGGGAGGCUCGAGUUUAUUUGCGCCGAAGCCAUUAACUGGAACGACGACACCGGGAGGAUCAUUGUUUGGAGGAGGUGCGGGUGCACAAACUCAAAGCACCCCCUCGACUGGUCUCUUUGGCGGCGGUCCGUCUUCAUUACAGACUCCGUCUUCGAAUGCUGGAGGCUUGUUUUCUUCGCAACAGCAGCCGGGGCAGCCGUCGAGCUUGUUCGGAGGCAUGAAACCCGCCACGGGUGGUGGGUUAUUUGGUAGUGCUCCUGGUACUGGAGGCGGACUUCAAUUGCAGCAACAGCCAGCGCAGCAAGCGCCUUCUUUAUUCGGCGGUGCCGGUGGCCUUGGUGGAGGUGGGCUAUUUUCGCAGCAAGGACAACAACAACAGCAAGGACAGUCGCUCUUUGGACAGCAGCAACAACAAAAUCAAGUUCCUUCGUCUCCAUACGGCGCUCAGUUACCCGUUCCCAACGCCGGGGCACUCGUUCCCGCGUCAUCAUCAAAGCCACGUCAGUCACUUCUCGGCGAUGCGGGCGUUUCGAGCCACGUUUCGAGAUCCACGGCGUCCGCUUUGGCCACGUUCCCUUCGCGACCGCAAACGCCACGAGCGCCGUGGUUACAAUCUCGAGGCGCGACAUCUGGUGCAAAGCCACCAUCCUCGCAUCAAAAAGCAGUCGUCUUAUCCAGACGAGAACACGGCGGUAGUGGAAUGCCGACGUAUUUGGAUAAACCUUCGCACGACGCAUAUGAAAUCGCGCAACCGGAAGGUGGUGCAGUUCAAGACGGGAUCGGAAGGAAGGAUUCUCCUGCGAAUGGUUGGUUGUUCAAGCCGCGCGAAGAUCCCCGCGCUUUAUUCAUUCGUCCUACGAGCACCUUGAUUGGUAACGGCAAAGAAGGUCUCAGUGGAAUCUCGUUGGCGACGUACGGAAACGGUAAGGCGUCGUCGCCUAGAGAUCAAAGACUCGGUUUACCGUUCGUCGAUGAAGAUUCUGGAAUUACGAUUUCACCAACCCUGGACGAACUCAGAGAUCUCGUGGAAAAGCGCGGCCCUGAAGCGCUGACGUGCGUCGAGAAUUUUUCUGUCACGGACAAGGAGUUUGGCAAAGUUGAAUGGCUGGAGCCCGUGGAUGUAUCAAGAUUGGACGUCGCGCGCGUCGUCAAAUUUGAAAAGUCGUGCCUGUACUUAUAUCCCGAAGAUGCUGGCGUAGAAGCGCCAGAGACGGGCAAGGGUCUGAAGAAAAGCGCCAUGGUCACGCUGACAGGUAUUAAGCCGAGAAAAGGUACCGCCGCAGCAAAGAAGAGAAUGGAGGAGAAGAUUGAAAUCCAAACAAAAGCGGCGGGCGGCGAGCUGGUUAGCUACGACGCGGACGUCGGAGAGUGGAAGUUCUCUCUCCAUCUGUAA